AUGUCAAGCAGGUAUACACCUUUGGCCUCAAUUACCACAGGAACCUAUGAAGACAAAAUCAGAAUCAAAGCUCGGAUCAUACGUCUCUGGAGAGGUAUGACAAAAACAGGAGAACUUUUCACCAGUUUCAACAUUUUGCUCCUGGACAACAAGAAAGGUACAAUACAUGCUUUCAUACCAUCCGUAUCAGCUCACGACUUUGAAAGGCAAAUCAAAGUGGGAACUGUGAACAUCAUCACAGGUUUCACAGUGCAAGCAUACAAGGAUUCAGAUAAGUUCAGAGUUGUGCACGGUGCAGUCCAACUGAUAUUUUCUAAGGAUACGAAAAUACAACAAGUUGAUGACAAAGGAACAGACAUUGCAACAGAGAUUUUUGAUUUCUAUGACCACAGUCAAGUGAAAGAUCAUGCUGACCAGACGGAUUUCUUGAUAGAUGUUAUCGGGAUCAUGACAGACCAUGAAGUCCAUGUAAAUGAUAUCACAAAUAGGCAUAGAGUACGCCAAGAGCAGGCCAAGUUUGUCAUCACUGAUGGAAGAUCAAAUCUGAAGAUUACUUUGUGGGAUCAGUAUGCAAAAGAUUUUGUUAAAGCAGUUUGGGAGAAAGUGGAAACUCCUGUCAUCUUAAUUCUUGCCGGUUGCAGAGUAUAG